GUAUUCUUUUUUACAUGACCAUGGCCAAAUAACCUGUGCACUAAACUAAUAGUAAUAAUUACAAGUGUUGUACGCGCGGCGCAUGGCAAAUCAAAAUCAAACGCCGAGGCGCAUAUAACGUCGGGCGAGUUCGUAGCGAGGCUGCCGUGGCGUCGCCGAGCCCGAAGAUGUACACAGGACGGUGGGCGCGCAGGUCAUGGCAACGAGGCGCGCCCGGCGAGGUCGAGCGACGUCAGGGGCGCGACGAGGCCGUUCGUACGGCAGGCCCGCGAAGGGCGACGGUGUCGACGACGACGCGCGGCGCGCGGCCGCGGAGGGAUCCGAGUGCGAGCCGUGGUCCCAGCGAAGGGCUCUCGCGCGCGGACGUGUCGUCGGGCGGCGAGGUCGCGCGAGGCUCGGAUUCGGCGUUGUUCUCGCGCAUCGGUGGCGAGGGGGCCGCCGCGUACGCCGGGACCGCGCCGUAGUCGCCGACAAGCGAGCCGAACGGUGCCGGCGCGCAACGCGCGGGUUGGUCGCGGUACGCGUCGCUCGGCGCCCGCGCGCCGGGUGCCUUCAGCUUUGGGUUCACGCGCGCCGGCGCCGCGGAGGCGGCCCCGGCCGGAAGGGGCAACGGCGACGCGGCGUCGCCGUCGGAUGGCGAAUGCGCCAUCUGCGGCGGCCGCGCGAAAGGCUUAUUCUUUCCUUCUUUGUGCUUUUGGUCGUCCUGCGCUUCUCCGCGGACAUGGUCCGGCCCGCUGCGGACGGCCCGUUCGUCGACGUCGGCGGCCCUCGUCGUGCCGACGUCGGUGACGCUCGCAGCGUCGCCGUCGCCGCCGCUCCGAUUGGCGAUCAGCUUGGUCUGGAUCGCGGCGGCGAACGUCGCCCAGAGCUGCGCUUCACCGCGCGCGGCCUCUGCGACGGCGUCGCGCGCGGCGGCCGCGGUGCUGGCCGCGGUGACCCGCAGUGCGUCGACAACGACAGGUCGUGCCACGUCGAGCCGGGGCGCGAUAGCGGCCAGCGACGCCUCGACGCGCGCGCGCACUGGCGCCGCCGUCCGCGGGUCCGCCAGCGCUCGGACGAGCGCGUCGACGGCCCCGGCCACAACGAGCGGCGCGACGACGGCCGCGGCGCCGUCGUCGUCGGCGAGGCCAGAUGCGCGCGGACCCGUCGCAAGAGCGCUAUCUGCGGCGUCGCAGAGGGCGACGAUGGCUGCCGCGGGCGCGGCGGCGUCGCCGCGCGCGGCGUCCGCGGCGGCGAGGGCGAAGAGGGGCGCGCGCCAGGAGCUGCCAUUUGCGCGGCCGACGGCGCCGAGGAGCGCCGCAAAAGCUUCGCGCGCGGCGGCGCCCCGCGGCGCGCGCGCGCGCGGCGUCCAGUCCGC